AUGUCGAGCUCUACAGUUUCGCUGUACCUCGACCCGCAAAUACGGGAUUGGGUCCUGUUUCCGAUCACAGUGGUUAUGAUCUUGGUGGGCGUGCUGAGACACUACGUCGUACUACUGCUUCAGUCGCCACCCAAGAAACAACCACGCAAUGCCGUUCGGGAACAGCGUGCCCUUGUCCGGUCCCAAAUUCUCCGCGCCACGUCCGCGCACUCUCCGCUGCCACCCUCGUACUACAAGGCGGUGUCCCAAUACCUCUCGCAAGCGUUCGCGGACGGCACAUACCUUAAAGAUGGCCCACCAAAGGCCGACGCGCCCGCAAGCGCACCGCCCAACCCUCUGACGGACCCCAACGCCAUGGAGGGCAUGAUGGCCGGCAUGAAGACGCAGAUGGUGAUGAUGGUCCCGCAGAUGGUGAUCAUGGGCUGGAUCAACUUCUUCUUCCAGGGCUUCGUCCUCAUCAAGCUGCCCUUCCCGCUCACACUCGGGUUCAAGAGCAUGCUCCAGCGCGGAGUCGAGACACCUGACAUGGACGUCCGCUGGGUCUCCUCGCUCUCCUGGUACUUCCUCAACUUCUUUGGCCUCAACGGUCUCUACCGGCUCAUCCUCGGUGGCGAGAACUCCGCCGACUCGUCGCGUGACAUGACCUCGCCCUUCGCCGCGGCCGCAGCGGCCGCACCCCAGCCAGGCCAGGCACAGGAUUACAACAAGCUGUUCAAGGCCGAGCGCGAUAACCUCGAAUUUUCGGAAGGUUUGCAUACGUGGAUAGCGCACGACGUCGAGAGCCGGAUUCUCCGGAAAUACGGUAGGUAG